AUGCUUUUGGGGCCACUCUCUGAACUUCGCAACAUAUCCCAAUUGACAGCUCCCACCGUAAAAGAAGCAGGACCGUCAUCUCUCAUAUGCUCGACUCCUCUUCCACUCCCCACAGAUAUACCAGGAAGUCCAGCAUGGGACCCUUCGUCAAGAACACCUCGGCAAGACGAGGAUGAGGGGGACGAAACGCCGCCAGAGGCAGUUCCGUAUUGGUUGGCCGAUGAAACCUUCAAAAAGUACAAAUUCAGAUUAAUAGUACAUGAUCCAUCAACACGGUAUGAAGGAGGGAUUUACCAUGGCAAGUAUGCGCAAUUCUUGUCCGCAAUCACUUCAGGCAACCACCUAAAGGUACCCUCUUAG